GCGGCGGAGGUUCCCUCAAGAAGAGAAAAAGAAAAAUGCACUGCGGCGGAGGGGUUCACUUUCUGCCGUCGCCGGCGACCGGACGCAAGCGCCUGCAGCAGUGCGAAAUCCCUGGGCAGGACACUGGGCCAGCAACCCACGCGCGCCUUCCUCAGCGGCCGGCACGUCGGCGGCUGCUCGCGGGAGGCUAGGGUGGCGGAUGACGGCGCUCGGUCUUCCUCUCAGGUCUCAGCCAUGGCGGCGAUGCCUGUCGAAUCAGCGGCGAGCCGCAACUGUGGAGGAGCGCUCCCGUCGGCUGUGGUCAUGUGCUCCUUGACCCAUCUCUCCUCGGUUCCUAUUUCAAGGUGCAUCCUGUUUGAUUUCUUCUAAAUCUCCGAUUCGGUUUGUGAAUUUGGUACUAAGUACAGUAGUACUCCUUAGAUAUCCCUUACUCAGGUUGUCUCACUUCGUAAUUAUAUCAUUUCCUGAGCCUGGUAGUCAUCUCAAGGAUCAUGUGUGUGUGCCUGACUGUCUUAGCCCCCAUAUGAUGAUGUUAUAACUUGAAAAUGCCUUAGUCGGCAACUAAUGCUCUCUGUGACUGAUUUUGGGCAUCCAACUGCCGAAUGCUUUCUAAGAAAUUUCAACCACAUUUUCUGUGGAUGAUAAUUAUUUUUGCCAUGGGGAGUGGUGGGGGGAAUCUAUGGACGAUGACUUUUUUUCCAGGGAAAAUCUAUGAGUGAUGAUUGAUGAGUGAAGUAUUGGUCCAAGUAAACUGACUGUGUGUGCUAGGUCCCACUCCUAGUCAAACUUAGUGGAUGAAAACUGCAUGUCGGCACAACCCUAAAAUCAGCUGUCACCAUCUUUCGUCCCUCUAAGGUCUAGCCACUACAGCCCAACCUAAGUGUAUAUAAAUCAGCUGUCACCAUCUUUCGUCCCUCCAAGUGUAUGCAGUCAUCUGUAUGAGGAUUUCCUCACCACUUGGUAUGUCAUUUGGCGUUUAUUUAUAAAUAAAGUGGGAUGAAAGCCUGUUUCGAGGUAUCUUAAGAAUGCUUUGAAAUAUUAUUUUCGACAAGAUUUUCUGUGGAUGAUGAUUAUCUUUUGGUGGGGAAUCUGUUGAUGAUGAUCGAAAGUCUUGGUCCAAGUAAACUGACUGACUGUGAGUGCGAGGUUGCACUCCUAGUCAAAUUUAGCUGACGAGUACAACAGUCAAAUCACUCAUCAUCUUUCCCUCUAAGGCUAGCCACUACAGCCCAGCCUAAGUGUUUGUAUAUAUGUACGCAGUCAGGGGAAGGGAAAGCACAUUACCAGAGAUAUGGGUACUACUAUAUGCUUCCCAUGGGGAUCAUUGCCUCUGGUCACAUUUCUGUUAUUACAGACCAUGGUUCAGUUGUCCUCUGCCUGCUCCAUGGAGGAGAGGGCUGUGCUGAUGGACAUCCGGUCUUCCCUGAGGAGAGCACACUCCAUGGUUUCGCCUGAUCUAUGGGGGCACGAUGAUGAUGAAUGCUGCUCGUGGAAGACUGUGACAUGCAACAAUAGCACCCGACGAGUGACCCAUCUCGACCUUUCCCUUAUAUAUGCACCAACAGAUGCUGGUUAUUAUUGGUAUUUAAACUUGUCGGUGUUUUCUGCAUUCCACGAGCUUCAGUCCCUAGAUCUAUCAUUCAAUUACGGCUGCUCGCUAAGCUUCGAAGGGUUAGUUGGACUACCCAGGCUUCGUUAUCUUGACCUCAGUGGCAUUGCGUUGGGAGGGGGUUUCCUGGAAUUUAUCGGGGCAUUUGUUUCACUGGAAGUCUUAGCUCUCAACCUUAACAACCUGACCGGGGCUCUUCCAGAGGCAGCUUUCAAUAAUCUUCGAAACUUGCGAGAACUGAAUAUGUCUAUGAGUGGCCUCAGCGGAAACCUCCCGGCAUCGCUAUUUGCACUUCCUCACCUAAAGAUUUUAGAUCUCUCAAACAAUAUCUUUGAUGGGUAUAUUCCAAUAAGUUCGUCCUCGCGGCCAAUUUCCCUUGAAGUCUUAGAUCUCAGCAGUAAUCACCUCACUGGAAUUCUCCCGAUUACAGCCUUUAAGAACAUCAGAAACUUGAAUUUGGGUGGCAACCUAUUCAGUGGAUUUCUCCCUGUGUCAAUACUUGGACUUCCUUAUCUGAAGUUCCUAGAUCUCUCAUCAAAUCAUUUUGAGGGAGGUUUCCCUAUUAAUUUUUCUUUGGAGCAAAUUCCACUUGAAGUCCUACAUUUUGAUGGUAAUAACAUGAGUGGAGCUCUUCCGACUGAAGGAGCAUUUGAAAAUCUCCGGAACCUACGGCAGUUGUAUUUGAGUAACAACCAAUUCAGCGGAAACAUUCCAACAUUCGCAUUUCAAAAUCUCCGGAACCUACGGCAGUUGUAUUUGAGUCACAACCAAUUCAGCGGAAACAUUCCAACAUUCGCAUUUCAAAAUCUCCAGAACCUGCGAGAAUUGUCUUUGAGUUCCAAUCAAUUAAUUGGAAACAUUCCAUCAUUAUUGUUUUCUCUACCACAUAUUGAACUGUUGAAUCUCUCAUCAAACUUCUUCAGCGGACCAAUUCCUAUAAAUCAAUCUUCGAAUCUUUCACUGUCACUUAAGAGUCUUCGAUUGUCGCAGAACAAAUUGAGUGGUAGAUUUUCUUUCAUUUGGCUUGCAGACCUCAUAAAACUAGAAGAGAUAGACCUUUCAGGCAAUGCUAACCUAGUUGUCCAUGUAAACAUUCCUGAAUGGACACCUCCUUUCCAACUGAAACAAUUAUUGCUCUCUGGUUGUGAUCUUGACAAGAGCAUUAUUGCGGAACCACAUUUUUUAGACACACAACAUCAUUUGGAGGUGCUUGAUUUGUCCAAUAAUAACUUGUCAGCUAGCAUGCCGAAUUGGUUGUUUACAAAGGAAGCAACACUACAUGAACUAUAUCUUGGAAAUAACUCGCUAACUGGAUCGCUAGACCCAAUAUGGCACACCCAGUCUUUUCUCCAGGUUAUCAACUUACACAUGAACCAUGUCACAGGACAGCUGCCAGCCAACAUCAGUUUAAUGUUUCCAAGGUUGCUGAUUCUGGAUUUUUCUAGUAACAACUUCUUUGGCCACAUACCUACUUCAUUGUGCGAGAUCAAUUGCAUGACGCUUUUAGACCUAUCAAACAACAAAUUUUCUGGUGAAGUUCCAGCUUGUGUGUUCACUAAUUAUCCCAUUCUACUGAGCUUAAAGGUCUCAAACAACAAGCUUGGUGGUCUGAUUUUUGGUGGAAUGAAUAACCUGUCCAUUAUGUCGGAACUGUACCUGGAUGGUAACAAAUUCGAAGGGGCGGUGCGUUGUGAUCUGUCAGGAGGGACUUUAAUGGUUAUUGAUUUGCAUGACAACGAGUUAUCUGGCAAACUUGAUACGUCAUUGUGGAAUAUGUCUUCCUUGAAAGUCCUGAAUCUUGCUGGCAAUCGUAUAACUGGCAAAAUUCAUCCACAAAUUUGCGGCUUUACCAGACUUGAACUUUUAGAUAUAUCCAGCAACAACCUCACAGGGUCCGUACCAAACUGUAGCUGCAUGUUGCUCCAUUUCCUUAACCUGUCUGGGAAUUCCUUAUCUAGCCAUAUCUCUUAUCCCUUCUUCAACACAUCAAGUCUGAUUGCUUUGGAUAUCAGAAACAAUCAGUUUGCAGGCAACCUUGAUUGGGUACGUUCUCUUGAUAACAUUAGGCUUCUUUCCUUGGGCGGAAAUAAGUUUGAAGGGCAGGUCACUACAAACUUAUGUGAACUCCAGCACUUGAGGAUAAUUGACUUGUCUCAUAACAAGCUUUCAGGUUCACUACCCUCAUGUAUUGGUAGUUUCUUUUUCAAAGGUGACAGGGGCGAUCAAAUUUUCCAGGUAGCAUUAACGAGUUUACCAUACUCACUUGGGCCAUAUGACAAUCCUUAUGGCUUGAAAGGCUUUAGCUUUACUACCAAAGGGAAUAUGUACACAUAUGGUCGAAGUUUCUUCGUUUCGAUGUCCGGCAUCGACCUAUCUGCGAAUAUGCUGCAUGGAGAAAUUCCUUGGGAGCUAGGAAAUAUGAGCCAUAUCAAAUCCCUUAACCUGUCAUACAAUUUUUUUGUUGGCCCUAUCCCGACGACCUUUGGCGGCAUGGAGGAGAUAGAAAGUUUGGACCUCUCACACAAUGAGCUGAGUGGACCUAUACCUUGGCAGCUAGCACGGUUAUGUUCAUUGGGGGUGUUCUCUGUGGCAUACAACAACUUGUCAGGAUGCAUACCAAACUCUGGUCAGCUUGGCUCAUUCGGCAUGGACAGCUACCUAGCCAACACCGACCUUCACAAGAUUACACAUGGGAACAUGUGCGCUCCCGGUCCAGAUCCCAUGGCGGAGGAAGAUGUGGGUGAGACCUCUGGUGACCCAAUCCUAUACAUGGUCAUGGCUGCCGGGUUUAUUUUGGCAUUUUGGGCCACUGUUGCUUUUUCAUUAUUCCAUCCAUACGGGAGGUCUGUAAUGUUCAAGCUGUAGUCGGUCCCAAGGAAAAAUCACUAGUCGGGCGGAGGGAGUAUAUGUGUACGUAUACACCAAAAACUUCCUGACGUUUCAUUCUUGGUAUGUAAUAUUAACAAUAAACAAUGGAUUUUGUUUGGUUAUAUUUUGUACACAUGAUUUUCUGUA